CUUGUCUAUGACUAAAUCAUGUGCUACCAUCAAUUGAAGACAGAACAACAUCAACUUGCAGUAUGUGAGAAUAGAUGGUAACACAUAGCUUACGUUUGAACAAGGAGGUAAAUGUUCUUGUGUAAGGAGCGCAAUAUCGUGCGACAAGGACGGAGAUACAAGCGGCGCUAGACAGAGAGGACGACACUGUGCGACAAGGACAGACAUACGAGCGGUACUAGACAGAAAGGGCAAUAACGUGUGAAUUACUUCAUAUAAAUCUAUGCUAUUCUAAAUUGCGGCGACAGACUGUCGCGCGAUUACCAUUUUUGAUGGUGCUACCACAAACCGCUUUUAUGCACCAAGCUUCGAAGUAUUUAUUGCAGAUAAAACCGUACGGGAGGACGUUCAUGCAAAUUUUUAUUCGACUGUCUCGAAGUGCAACUUAAUGCAAUUGCAAAGAACCAGAAUAAGCGCAGACCUUUAGAAGAAAUGCGUAUUUACCUGUCGAGAUCGCAUCAAUCUACGAACGUUCAAACAACAGAAAUUGUUUAUAAUCAGAAUCCCGUGCAAACCGUCGAAACAAGAACUGUCGAGACUCAAACUAUAACCGAAGAGAAGAAGAAGCCAGAAGUGAACUAUGAAAGACUGGCCCAAUUUUUAAAUAGAGUUACGCCUUGUAUAUUGGAAGCAUUAGAUGAAUCUUAUGGAACCAAUGCAUUUGAAGAUUAUGAACCAAAAAUUGAUGAAGAUUUACUGACAAGCACACAGCUUCUGCAAAAAAUUCAUAGCACUGAAUCUGAUUCUCAGAUGAAAGUAAGUGAUAUGAGUUGGAGUAUUGGAGGAGGAACAUUGGCAGUUUCUUUUGGUAUUCCUUACCAUGAAACAUGGUGUGACCAUCUAUCUAAAAUGCAAUUGUACAAUCAAACAAAGGAGGGUAGUUUCAUAGAUAAUCCAAAUAAAAUACUGGAAACAAAUGCCUGUAUAACAACGUUGGCUUAUCAUCCAACUGAACCAUCCAUUAUAGCUGCUGGUUUAUUCAAUGGUGAUGUUCUUGUAUGGAACUUAAGAGACAAUGUAUCAGUGGCACCAACAACAAUUUGUACCCAUGGGGAUUGUGUGUCUCAAGUGUACUGGAAAGCAAGAACUAUAAAUGAUGUGUCCUUGCUUGUGAGCUCCAGCAAAGAUGGAUAUAUUUUCAUCCACAAGAUGAUGGCCAAUUUUACAGUUGCCCGUGAAUAUAAACGACUGAAAUUAACCAAAGAAUAUAAUCCAAUAGAAAACUCAAGGCCACGUAGCGCAGGUGGCACACGUGAACGCGCUAUGGAAUCCGGAUUAUGUAUUACUGCCUUCGAUUUUUCGUCCAGAGAUCCCAUAUUUUUUAUCGUGGGUACCUUAUGCGGUGGAAUAUACAAAUGUAGCUUAGAUCGUGUUGCUCCUAUCGAAGACGAUGAAACUCUAAUGGAUCCUGUGGUAGACGAGUAUGAAAGGCACGAAGGUAGUAUUACGUGCAUUAAAUGUUCCCCGAUACGUAAUCUUUUCGUCACUGCUGGCACUGACAAAGAAAUUCGUAUAUAUCACUUUGAAGAGCAUACGAACUUGAGGUCGAUUUCUUGUGAAAAUACAAUCGUGGGUUUAGCAUGGAUGCUCGGGAAUCAAGACAUAUUCGCAACUUAUGGUGCUGGCUCGGAGAUUAGACUGUAUAACGUCACUGGUGGAAAAUCUGUGACAAAUAUAAAUUUUGAGACCACUGAUAGGCAAAACACUAGCUGCUUACGUGUGAAUUUAAGAAAAAAUAUGGUAGCCAUUGGUGACACACAAGGAACUAUAGAAAUUUGGAAAAUCCCAAGGCAAUUAUUGUAAAGAUAUUAAAUAAUAUGCAUUAUAAAAUUGCUUUUUUAUGUAUUCAUUGUAUUAUCAAUGUUAUUAUUUUGUAAUCCAUAUAAAAACAUGUAUAUAUUUAUUGUGUAACAGCAUAUAUUACUUUUAUAAUAAAAGGCAGUCACGCACGCACACGUUUUCAAUA